CAUUGACAGCCUUGCGGCCUUGCCCCUCUCCAUUUGCCUAUAAAUUUGACAUGAUCUUCCCUCCUUCAAAUACCAAACCAUAAAGAAACAACAACACACAAAAAGAAAACAUCAAAAUGACCAAAGACGUUUGCUCCAACAUUGGACUUUGGUUGUUAUUCACGUUACUUCUUAGUAACUAUGUCGUCGAUCUCGAAGCCUCGCACCAUGUGUACAAUAGACUUACCCAAAGCUCGAACACCAAAUCUCCUUCCGUGAACCAGCCCUACCGGACCGGUUACCAUUUUCAACCACCCAAGAAUUGGAUGAACGAUCCUAAUGGCCCUAUGAUAUACAAAGGAAUAUAUCAUCUUUUUUACCAAUGGAACCCCAAAGGCGCCGUGUGGGGUAACAUCGUGUGGGCUCAUUCCACGUCAACAGACUUAAUCAACUGGAACCCUCAUCCUCCAGCUAUCUUCCCAUCUGAACCGUUUGAUAUCAACGGAUGUUGGUCCGGUUCGGCUACAAUCCUCCCCGACGGCAAACCGGUUAUCCUCUAUACCGGAAUCGACCCCAAGAACCAACAGGUCCAAAACAUAGCCGAGCCUAAGAAUCUCUCCGAUCCAUACCUAGUAGAAUGGAAAAAGUCACCGUUAAAUCCUCUCAUGGCUCCCGACGCCGUCAACGGCAUCAACGCCAGCUCGUUCCGUGACCCAACCACCGCGUGGCUAGGUCACGACAAGAAGUGGAGAGUGAUCAUUGGAAGCAAGAUCCACCGUCGUGGACUAGCUAUCACUUACACGAGCAAAGACUUUCUAAAAUGGGAAAAAUCCCCUGAGCCGUUGCAUUAUGACGACGGAAGUGGAAUGUGGGAGUGUCCUGACUUUUUCCCCGUGACGAGAUUUGGCUCUAAAGGCGUGGAAACGUCGUCUUUUGGUGAACCUAAUGAGGUUUUGAAACACGUGUUGAAAAUAAGCUUGGAUGACACGAAACAUGACUAUUACACGAUUGGUACGUACGACCGGGUUGGAGAUAAGUUCAUUCCCGACAAGGGUUUCAAGAUGGACGGUACGGCUCCGAGAUAUGAUUAUGGGAAGUACUACGCGUCGAAAACGUUUUAUGAUUCGGCCAAGAACCGAAGAGUGUUGUGGGGUUGGACUAACGAGUCAUCAUCGGUUGAGGAUGAUGUUGAGAAAGGCUGGUCCGGUAUUCAGACGAUUCCAAGGAAAAUUUGGCUUGGCCGGUCCGGUAAACAAUUGAUUCAAUGGCCGGUUCGGGAAGUAGAGAGAUUGCGUACGAAGCAAGUCAACUUACGUAACAAAGUUUUAAAUUCAAGAUCUAGACUUGAAGUCUAUGGUGUGACAGCUGCACAGGCUGAUGUGGAGGUUUUGUUCAAAGUGAGAAACUUGGAGAAAGCGGAUGUGAUAGAACCAAGUUGGACUGAUCCACAGUUGAUUUGUAGUAAGAUGAAUGUGUCGGUUAAGUCCGGUCUAGGACCAUUCGGUUUAAUGGUUCUUGCAUCUAAGAACUUGGAAGAGUACACAUCCGUUUAUUUUAGAAUCUUCAAAGCCCAUCAAAACAGCAAUAAGUACGUUGUGGUCAUGUGCAGUGACCAAAGCAGAUCUUCAUUGGAGGAAGAUAAUGACAAAACAACUUAUGGAGCUUUUGUCGACAUUGAUCCUCGCCAACCAGUCUCCCUCAGAGCCUUGAUUGAUCAUUCAGUAGUGGAGAGUUUCGGUGGAAGAGGAAGAGCAUGCAUUACCUCCCGAGUGUAUCCAAAACUGGCAAUAGGAAAAAGCUCACAUCUGUUUGCUUUUAAUUAUGGAUCUCAAAGUGUUGAUGUCUUAAGCUUAAGCGCUUGGAGCAUGAAGUCUGCCCAAAUCAGUUGAUCACGUAUGGCAAAGAUAGAUACAUUUAUUGAGCAUUUAUGAUAUGGUUCUGGAGAUCUUAAAUGGUCCAAUUUGUUUGGUUGCAUGUGAAAAAGAGUCCAACUUGUAUGUUGAAAUAAUUUUGAAAUAAUUUCAAGUUAUAUGACA